GUCACGAUAGGAACACAGUUGAAACGUAAACUCCCAAAGAAAACAUACAUUUGCGUGACAUGUGCAUGAUUUAACGUUUCAUUUAGCGGUUUUAAUUAAACAGGAUACAAUGCAGAUGCUUUGAAUGCAUAUCGAGCCGUACAGUAGUAGUUGGUCAUUUUUUAAACUUUGAGUUACGAAUUCGCAGCGGAGCUAGCGAGCUAACGUUAGUUUGCUAGCCAUGGAUCCGCUAGACAUAGUAAUGGACGAAGUGGCGUUGGAGGGACUGGACGGGGUUACUAUCCUCUCUCUGUGGAUUCGGUUGGAAAAGAGAAACCCUGCUUUCCCACGGAAUCUAGACUCGUACACUAAAGAGUUCAUUUGGAAAUCCUUGGUAUCGAACCACGAAGUCAACUUCUACGAGCUGCCGCAAGAGAGAGCUGAUGUCUUGCUCGUCGACAGGUUUGCAGACAUAGAUCCCGACACAGGGAUUCAGGAAGCAUCCUGUUGGGACAGAGUGGACUCCUACCCUGUCCAGGUCUUAUUGGAGGAUAAGAGUGGAAUCCAGGGCUCGUGUGUCUUCUUCCAGGAGAGGAGAAACGUCACCCCAAUCAUCCGCACCACCAACCUGACGCCAUGUGUAACGUUAGAGGACGCCUUCAAAAGGUGGGGGAGGAAGCUGGUAAUGGUGGCCUCCCAGAGGUUGAGGUUCAGGGUGUUAAUAGGUGACGGAGGAGACCCGGACUUGAAGCUGACUGACCACUCAUACUGUAUCCUGGAGAGGCUGGGGAGGGCCCGCUGGCAGGGAGAGCUACAGAGAGACCUGCACUCCUGCUCAUUCAAGACGGACCCGAGGAAGAUGCACUACUUGAGGAAGUCUCUGACGCAGAAUGAUCUGAUCACCAUGCAGUCUCAUGUCCUCAGACUGGCCAGCGGAGCACAGCAACACUCCAUACUGCUGCUGCUCAAACGCUUCCACGUAGACCGGCGUAGUAAGUAUGAUAUCCUGAUGGAGUUGACCUCUAACCUCCUGUCAGAGGCGCCCAACCACAUAGCCUCCAUGAUCACACUACGAGACCAACUGAGUAUCAGUGAGAAGACCUUCAAGCGUAUGUAUCAGUACAUGCAAGCCGCCAAACUGGUCCAAGUGGUCAUUAAACCUGUUGAACACCUCAACCCUACAGUAGGGCCCUGUGACACCAGGAGAGGCACCAAGGUGGUGGCUCGCUGUCUGAAGCUAAUCAAACCCUACGUGAGGAAGGAGGUGGUCGAGGCUGAGGAUGACGAUGAUGACGACGAUGAUGGGGGAGGAGCAAAUAGGAAGACCGUCCCCACAGAGGGGCGGAUCAUGGAGAGAGACUUGCUCUCACAGGCCUAUGGGAUCAUCGUGUCCUGCGGGACCAAGGGCAUCUCUCAGAGUGCACUGCGUGCGAGGAUGUGCAUCGGCAAUCUGGAGUCUCGUAUGAUCUGCCGACUGCUGGAGAGGACAGACAUGAUCAAGGGGUUCAUGGAAGACGAGGGUCGUCAGAGGACCACUAAGUACCUCGGCCAUAUGCAUGUAGAUGAGUCCGAUCUGCUUCAACAUCUAGUUAAAGAGCAGGAGCGAUCAGACAGGCUUCGCGCUGGAGGGGGAGGAGGGGAAGGAGAGGGGGUCCCCAAAACCCCAGCACAGCCCACCGCAAAAACACCAGCUACCCCAAAGACUCGGCCUACCCCAAAAACACCAGCUACCCCAAAGACUCGGCCUACCCCAAAAACCCCAUCGCUUCUGGAACCUCUGGGAGACACUGAGGGAGAGGAGGAGGAGGAGAGAGAGAGGGAUGAGGAAGACAAAGACUGGGAAGUCAAGAAGAAAGGGAAGAAGGGAGCGAAGAAGAAAAAUGCAAAAGAAAAGAAAGUGGGCAAGAUGUCUCUCCUGAAGCAGUCCGAACUCAACUUCCUGGUACCUCAUCACUCUACACCCAUCACGAGUAAGACCACACCCCCUACCAAAGGUGAAGCCAAUCAGGAGCCAGAGCUGGAGUCUACGCUCAGCCCAGAGGAGGAGUCAAAAUUCUGUCCUGACGUUUCAUUGGACCAGACGGGGAGUAUGUUCGCAGGCAACAGCCAAGCAGAGAACAGCGUCACGGUCGUCGAGGAGAUCCCCAGUCAGAAGGAGCACCAACGCCAGACGUACCGCCUGCUGAAGAGGAAGAACGUGAUUGUGGAAGCUGUCCAGAGCCUUAAGAUCAUAGAGGGCCUCUUCACAAUCCAGAGGUUGGUUCAGGAUGAGGAGAAGCUAGAGGGUGUGAUCACUAAGUGUUGUAAGAAGUCUAUCCUGCGUCUCAUCAGAUCUCUGUCUAAAGAGGGAAUGCUCAAACUGUUCAGAACCACUGUUAUACAGGACGGAGUCAGCAAGAAGGUGGAGUUUAUAGUCCACCCCUCUGUCUCUCCUAGUGAUGCUGUAGUGAAGUCGGCUAUAGAACAGGUCCGCUUCCGCAUCUCCAGCUCCUACCCUGCUGCACGUAAUGAAAUGCAGGAGGAGGAGAAGGCUAAGGAGAGAGAGAGGAGCAGUGUGGGAAAUGAGGUCCCUGCUGAACCCCAGAAUAUGACAACAGAGGACAAAGACAAACAACUGAAGACCUUCAAACCUUCUAUAGUCCCAGGUCUCAGCAGGUCUUUGGGGUACCAGCCUAAGAUGCCACGUCUGAGACUGACACACACCUUCUUGUGGUAUCUGGUCUACGGACACCCCCUGAGACACCCCUCUACCGCCACUCCCCCUGACCUCCACAACACCCCCAGCUCUAUCGUCCUCCCCACUGAUAACCCUGGUGUCCAGACUACCUACCCCACCACCCCCGGUAACCCCUCACAACCCCAAACUACACACCCUGACGACACCCAUCCUUCUAGCUCUGAACACACAGACCUCCCCACCUCAACCCCCCGAAACACAGACUCCCCCGAUCCCCAGAACUCGGACCUCCCCGACACCCAGAACUCGGACCUCCCCGACACCCAGAACUCGGACCUCCCCGACACCCAGAACUCGGACCUCCCCGACACCCAGAACCCACCCACUGACAACGCUGCAGUAAGUGACCCCGCCUCCACAGAGUGCCAGCCAGGCCUGCCCACUGACCCGGAAGUGAUGUCAUCGUUGGCGGAGGAAGGGCAGGAGGGGAUCAAUCUGACAGAUGUCGGACACGACCCUGACAUGAAAGUCUAUGUAGAUGAGUUGUCUUGGAGGAGGUAUAUCCCCCCUGCUCCGGUCCACAGAGAUUUUGGUCCAGGCUGGGCCCUGACCUCUGAUGUUGUGCUCUGUCUGCCUCUCUCCAUCUACAUUCAGAUUAUACAGACAUCCUUCAAGGUGGAUGGUUUGGAGGAGUAUCUGAACGACCCAGUGAAGCAGCACUACCUCAUCAGGUUCCUGCCUUCUAGGAUGAAGACCCAACUACUGCACAAACGGAAGUACAUCUUUAGUUUCCAUGACAGCAUGCAGCGUCUGAUUUACAUGGGUCUGCUGCAGUUUGGCCCGGUGGAGAAGUUCCAAGACAAAGACCAGGUGUACCUGUAUGUGAAACGUAACUGUAUGAUAGUAGACACUACUAUGUGUGAGCCCCACUAUAACCUGGUGUUGGAGACGAGGGUGUUUGAGAGACGCAGAUACACACUGAACACCCUGACAGACGUAGACAACUACUGGUUUGACCUGAUGUGUGUCUGCCUCAACACACCACUAGGUGUGAUCAGGAAGGAGCGGCCGAAGAGAAGCUCUGCCUCCAAAUCCCAGGAGGAGCCAGUCAGGGUUCCCGUGGAUACAGACCGCCACAAGUUCCGUCACCUGGAUCACAUGCUCAAGGGCAGCAGGGAGGUGUGUUAUACAGCAGUAAUACCAGGAGACAGUAAAGGUGCAGGAGGUCUGGACUCUGACUUCUUCGGACACCUCAAACGCAACUGGAUAUGGACCUGUCAUCUGAUGAGAACCAAGAAGAGCAACAACCAGUACGAGUCCAGUAACACAGUGAGGCUGAAUAGUCUACUGACCAAACAUCUGGCCAUGGAUAUAGGUGAGUUACACACUCCUGUCUGUGUUUACAUCUAUACACACUCACCGACCUUCAGUCACGUGGAUGGAUCGCUCCUAUCGCCCUUCAUUCACGUGAAUGGAUCGCUCCUAUCGCCCUUCAGUCACGUGAAUGGAUCGCUCCUAUAG